GCCCCAUUUGCACCGUCGUACAUCAUUAUAAUCGACCUGCUGCUGCUGCUGCUACUACUGCUGUUGCUGCUGACUACAGCUACUGCUGUUGCUGCAACUGUUAACUGUGUGGAGGUGGAAUACUGCAACGGCGGAACCUCAUUACUUCUGUUUCGGUGUAUAGUAAUUUACUCACACCCCACCCCAAAACACUAGAGUUGGGUUGAACAAGUGACCGCAAUGCCUUUGACAGUGUGAUUAGUGAAAAUACGGUGAAGUUGUUGCAAAGAAGAUUCUAUUACAUUUUUUUUUUAGAUAGGCAAAAUGUGUUCACAAGUGAAUCAGUGAUAGUUUCCGUGUUGGAAAGAGGUGCUAAAAGGUGUUAUGAAUACCCUGUGAAUUCCGGUUAUAUUAAGUGGUGUUUUGCGUACGGAUUAGGAACAAAUCGUUUCUAUAUCACGUCGAAUCUGCCGACCUUUUGCAUCGUGCAAGAGAUAUUAAUAGGAGUAUAGUACCCUGCAGCGAACUUCGCACCUUUUUGUCUCAAUCAUUUAUGAAAGAGGAUUAUGAAUGUGGACUAAAUCGAUUAAUAUCGAGGUGAUAGUUAUUUGCUUACUUUCGAUCAUACCAUGGCCGGGCCCGAGCGUAUUCAAGAUAUCAUGCUCCCGCGAAAGUUCGCGCGUCGUGCGCAAGAUCGUACACUCGCGCUGGCUGCCCAUACUGGAAAAAUAUCAGGUAAAGCUACCGCUCGAAUGUCCGUUUCAUCCACUGCGCGACAUCUUCGGUCCACAGCAGAGCGCCAAAAAGCAACAUCGACCGAGCCAGUGGACGUGCGGCUUCUGUGGCAAAAGCUUCUUCGAGGAGAAGCAUCUCGAUAUGCACUUUGAGAACCGGCACCGGACAAACAUCAACACGGCGGAGGAUGCCGUCUGCCUGGCGGACUACUGUGACAUGAUGCGGUGCGAGGUGUUGAUUGCGAAGGAUGCAACCUUGGCAUUUGGUAGCGAUCCGAAUGCCGUCACGACCGACAUUGAGGUGUGGAGUGAAGCGACCGCAUACCGGACGGCUUUGACUACAUCCGGGCCGCGUGAUCUUGCCAAGGUGCCGGAAAGGAAGUCUCUUCUACCAAAGAUGCUGCAAACAAUACGGGACGAUGUGUUUCGGAAUCGGCAACCGCAGCAACAGGGCGUGACCUCGAUGCUUCACGCAAAGGGUGCCACCAACUGCGAUAAGAAUGAUGCCACCAAAACGAAGAGCAGUCGAAAAGGUUCGAAAUCCAGUGGGGACGGUAGAGAAGCUAAUGAUAGUCCGGUAGAAGACGACGAUGAGGACGAGGACGAUGAGGAUGAUGAAGAUGACGAAGACGAAGAGGAGGAAGAGUCGGAGAACGACAGCAAUGCAACGUCACAGUGUGAACAAAAUUUGGUCGACUCCUCGCUACCACCGGUGGAUCGAAAGCAGCAACGUCUCUCGGAGAUGCAGCGCAUGAAGGCCAACUGUAAUGCGGACGAGAUCGGCCACCUGAAGACACGGUGCGAGGUGCUGGUGCGUGACUGUAUCGUCGGUUUACUGGUGCAGCUAUCGCUCGAGGACUUCCGCAGUAUGGAGGAGGAGCUGAACCGUGCGAUCUGCUGGUAUCUGACCUGCGACCGGUACUGGGAGGAUGGACCGCUUGAGCAGCGCCCGUUCCCGUGGGGUCUUGUCUUCGUGCUCGUAAUGGUGCUUUCGAUGGGCGUUUGUCUGUGUUACUAUAUCAUCUGGAUACUGUUCGACAGCGAAGAUUUCAGUCCUGCAGCAGGCAACCAGCUAACGGGUCAUCCAAGCUCGGCGACACACGGUGGCAGUGGCGGCGCUGGCCAUCAUCUGCACCAUGGGCGACACUAUCUACAGCCGGGUUCGGGCUCCGGUAUCUAUCGGUUGCAGGACGGUGGACACUCUGCCGCCAGCCUGAACAAUCUCGGCACGGGUACGAGCGGUAACGAUAUUCAGCACACGCCUCAGAUACACGCAUCACCCGGUACCGGUGGCGGAUCGUCCGGUAUGCUCUACACUACGGCCGACGACGGCUACGGCUAUGCGGCAGGUUCCGCAAGCGGAGCUGCUCGAAUGAUUGCACCGAUUGAUGGGUCGACCGGCACGGUCGGUGCGGGUGGUGGCGGAUCCGCCGUAGCAGCGACCGGAAGCGGCGAUUUUGGCGAGCUGGGACAGAGCGAACACUACAUUUACGUGACGUAUCCACCGGAACUGAAGCGACGGCUGCUGGAAAGGUACGGUAGAGACAUCUAUAUGCAGCUGUUGCGCAAGGAUGUGUACGAUUACUACUAGCUGGUGUUGUUUACUCGUUGUUCCUGUUUACUUUCUUGCUCUUCUAUCUUUUGUCGAUGUACACACACACAUACACCUUUUACACGAUUUAUGUUAUCUUUUCCGUUUUUUGUUUCUCUUCUGAGUGCGUGCGAGUGUUUUCUUCGUAUGUAUGCUCUGGGUGUGAUGUUUUUUUGUUGUCUUUUCGUUUUGUGAUAAGUUAUAGCUUUUCAUUAGAAUUGUUUUCUGCUCCCAUUCGUGCCUACUAUUGUUGUUCUAUUUAAUGCAAUUCAAACUCGUAUUUUGCAUUUCAUUUGUGGAAGCGAGCGGUGAACAUUUUUUUCUAGUAAAGCAUCCUUUUUUAUGCUUCUGAAACACUGCCUCGAGCAAGUGUCGAGGGGAGAGGGUAAAGCAUUUAGCAAAUGAAGAAAACACAGCUUUGGUACAGAAUAGAACAUUUUUAGUCGACAAAUCGGCUUAACUCGUUAUCCUUUCAAUUGUACUGAGGGAUAAAAUUUACCCAACUGUCUUCAAACGAUGAUGCCCACGAAUCGGUAAGAAGACAUACGCAGCAAAAGACCAAACAUCGAUUAUUUCCUUAUCUAAGACCAAUCUAACAUUAGAGACAAGUGACUACUCGGCCGUGGUUUCAUUAUUACACAAGUGUAGAAACGCAGAAUCAAGCUAGAAAGAAGCAAAAAGCAACCGGACACUCCGUUACUGUACAUACAAGAGUGAGACAUUAGACAUUAAGCGGUCCCCUGCCUGUUCCACUGAUCGGACCGGAAUCAUCGACUUCCUUUCUACUUUAAUCUUCAUCAUUUUAGUCCACUUGCUUACGAUAGGUUUUGAUCGGACGUGAUCUUUAUAGAGUAUAGCGCCAUUAAACACUACAGUAUUUUAAUGAAGUAAGAGCGUUUAUAUAGUGCCGUUUAGAAUUUAAUACACUACAAAAACACAGCAACUACAUGCAACAGAAGGCGAAGGAGAAAUUAGGUGUGUAAAAGCGUUACUCCCCUCCUAAGUACCGAAUAGGAUUGUCGUUUCUAUAAGCCGUUCACUUACGGCUUUCUUACGCGUUAGAGAAAUAUCACAAGUACAAACAACACACACACACACUCUUGAUUGAUCCUUCGAAGCUAUUAUAAAGUCAAAUUGUACCAUUGCUAAUUCGGGACAUAUAUAGUAUAAACGAAAUGGUUCAGUAAGUAAUAAAAGAUCCGUGUGUUACACAUUAUGAACAAAUGUUUCUUUUUCUGUAGAACAUUCAACCAUAUCAUCCACACACACACACACACAACAUACAUAUAAUGCUGUAUGCAAAGGAAACAAAAGUUUGCGUAGACUAGUGGAAAUUAGUAUUAAAAAGCUCAUUGGAUAAGGAUUAGAUAAUUGAAACGUGUCCUUGUUGUGAACCAUUCGAUGAAGUACGCGCAUUAAGCACUUAGAGAGUACACACGCAUGGCUUAAACGGCGCAACGACUAAUCGUAACUGCUAUUAUUUUCGUUUUACAUCCAUGUCCCCGGUAUUGUUGUCCCUUGUGUAACUUCUGCUGCUAUCUUUUCCUUUGUUAAUAUACACGCCAACUGCAGCUUGAAGGCUGUGUAGUGUUUGAUGUAAUUUCCAUCUAGUUUAUAGCCCGUUGAUCUCUUUUCUCGUAGGAUAUGUUUGCUGCUUACCUAACGCGUUUAGCCUCUUCUGUCGUGUGUGUGUAUUAACGAUAUCCUUCUUGUUGUGUGUUUAGAUGUGAUGUGUAAUGUUUUCCCGCAAAACAAAAACCGAAAAACACUGCGUGUUUAAUAUAUAAUCUUGUUUUUUUUUUUACUAUCUCCUUGUAUAUUCUAUUAUCUAUCGAUCCUUUUAGUUCCCUUUAGCCGCCACAGCUAGGUUUUGCUCCUCUGCUCGUCCCACUACUACUACCACCUUCGACCGUUCUUCUUCUUCAUCUCUUCAUCACAUCUCAAUAAUAUUAUUGAAACCAUGCUCGUCCUGCAAACAGUACGUGGCGCAUCAAAAAAAGCACACGCAAAAAGCUUUGCGCGCCGCAAACAUUUCUGCGCAAACGAACUCGUGUUUUUCUCAUACGUUUGUUUUCUUCUUUUUUUUCCUUUCUUUCUCCAUUUUUGCUCUUCUUUUUUCAUCGUCUUACUUUCUUUCUCUCUUUCUCUUUAGCUGCUACAAUAGAACGACACGGCUAUGAAGUUUUAGAUGAAAUUGAAUCUGAGAUUAAGUAAAUAUAUAAAUAGAAAUAUAGUGAAAGUAAUAAAUGGCGUGUGAACGAACUAGGAUGAAUUACACCAGUAAGAGGAAGGACAAUGAUGUGCAAAACCGAAUUCGAGAGAGAAAAAUGGGGCGCGAAGCAAGAAUUGGUAAUUAUGAUAAAAAGAAAAGCUAGACAAAUCUUACUAUUUCGGGUACUUUAGUGGGCCGAGGGAUGAACAUGGACAAGAGAGAGAGAGAAAAGGGAGAGAAGCAGAAUAAUAAGGGAAGAUUGUGCAAAGAGAAUACUAAUUUAACUAGUGAAAUGAAGCAAACAUUAACAAAAAAGCAUUAUACCCACGUGGAAGAGCAAUGCAAGAUUUAGGAGAAUUUAAUGUAAAGAAUGAUAAUGUAAUUAAACACGAAACGAUAAUCUAAUGCUAACGCGCAAUUCACGCGCGUUCCUGUGCUGCACGAGAAACUGUGUAACGAGAAGAGAAAAAAGUAUUGACCAUUCAUCCUUGUUGUGUUCUCAGUUCGUUCCGUUUGUCCGCACUAGAGUAGAGAUCCAAAAUUUUAAUUAUUUUAGUCUUGUGAUGCAAUCGAUUCUUCUGCACCUAUCUUUUACACGUGCGAAGGUAUAGGAGCAGAAUGCUUCAUAUUAUUUAGAGCAUGAGUAACAAUGCGUUGAAUGUUGUACAUCAGCUAAUUGAAUACACCAAUACGUGAAGAACAGAGAAAGGACAAAAACAAGACUGACACUACAUGUUGUGUAUAUCCUUGUGCCCGGUUUUGAGAGAGAAUAAUCCUAGAGAUUUAUGGAUAUAGAAUGAUACACCAGUUCCGAAUGAAUGAAACACAUUGGAUGUACAGCUCACGUAUUUUUUGCUUGUGCUAAAGCUAGAUAGAAAUUUCCCUUGCUAAGUUUAUAGAAAAUUCUGUUCCGAUUUUAGUGUUAAUUUGCUCCAUAGUUUAUUUAUGUUACUAGACAUAAUGCGUCACGUACGUGUUCCCCGUUGUUUCGACAGCUAACGAAUGGCUAAUUUCUGAAAUAUAUACGUUGGAACCACAUCACACGCUACGAUGGCAAGUACUAGUACAUUUUUACCAAAAACUCAUGUAGUUAGUAGCUUUUAUGACUGAGAUUCAACCCGAAUUGAUCCGCAGGAGCUUUAACCAUUUUCGAUACAACUCAUCGCUCUCUGUCCCCCAAACACACAGUAGCAACAGCAGUGUUCGCGCACACCGCAUAGCCGAUUUCUAAACUUAUGUAAACGGGGGAGAAGAGAAAAAGCGCAUUGCCUCGUCCGUUUCCUAAUUUUCUUUUCUUAAACCCCGGGCCAUAUACCUUCAGCUCUAAUGCUACCAACAAACAAAGCCCCAUUAAGGACCGAUUUUUAUCCGAUUGCUCUCUUUUUCUAUUGUCUUUUAUACCUACUUCAUAGUACAAAUAAAUAAAUCGAACGAAAGUUUCUCAUGGGCGUCUCUCGAAUGGAACCAAA